UCUCUAGGUUGGACAUCUAUCUCGGAAUUUAAUCUCUUACCUUUAAAUAAGGAAACUGCUGGCUACGUGCAGCUAGAUGCCCUGUCUGAGAGUAGUAUUUUAGAAGCUGAGCACUCAAAUGAAGCUGAAGAUAAUUCUAGGCUGAGUCCUUCUCUAAGAGUUAAUGUUCUGCGCUGAGUUCUGCACCAAGGGGACUAAGAACCCUUGUAUUCCUUCCAGAGAACAGGGAUUCAAUUCAAACAGCGUUUGCUGAACUUGGAGCACACACGUGUACAAGGGGGGAGCACAACGCCAAGCGCAACCAGAGUUUCGGAAACUAAAGUUCUCUCUACAAGGACGACUGUUGCAGAUAUCAUUCCUGCCCAGCAUGGGUAUUCCGAGCACAGAGGCAAAAGUCUGCAUACCCUGCCACAAAUGGAGUCUUUUUGCCUUUUAUCGACCCUCAGCCAACUAACCAGUUCGUUCGUGAUUGGUUUGCGGCAGGAGCCAGGUGGCUCACAACCAACUGAGUAAGUGGCGGACAAGAAGAGAUGUUGAGGUACAAAAUAGAAAGUAAGGAGGAAAUGAUCAUCAGGAAUCUGAGCCUAUAGAAUCGAGCCAAGAGACACCUCUGCUCUAACUUCAAAGAGCUUAGACGGGAUGUUUGGCUGGUUGCUAAGGAGAGAGAGGUUGCCGCCUACAGGGACUUGAGCGUGACUAGUGGAAGUGAAACAAGCUACAGCCAAUGAAAAGAGUACCGCAAGACUUAGGAUCCAAUCACUGGAAGGCAAUGAUGUGAGUCAUACCAAUAUACUUACAAGACAGGGUCAUUCUUAGAAAACUACAGACAAAAGUUCACCAAGCUGCAGCCUGGCGGUCCAGCUGUCUAAAGGACGUGAGAGUGUUCUAAUCAUUUCCACAGACCCAGCCCACAACAUCUCAGAUGCUUUUGAUCAGAAGUUCUCCAAGGUGCCUACCAAGGUCAAAGGCUAUGACAACCUCUUUGCUAUGGAGAUAGACCCCAGCCUGGGCGUGGCAGAGCUCCCCGACGAGUUCUUCGAGGAGGACAACAUGCUGAGCAUGGGCAAGAAGAUGAUGCAGGAGGCCAUGAGCGCCUUCCCUGGCAUUGAUGAGGCCAUGAGCUAUGCUGAGGUCAUGAGGCUGGUGAAAGGCAUGAAUUUCUCAGUGGUAGUGUUCGACACAGCACCCACCGGCCACACACUCAGACUCCUGAACUUCCCUACCAUCGUGGAGCGAGGCCUGGGCCGCCUCAUGCAGAUCAAGAACCAGAUCAGCCCCUUCAUCUCACAGAUGUGCAACAUGCUGGGCCUGGGGGACAUGAAUGCUGACCAGCUGGCCUCCAAGCUAGAAGAGACAUUGCCUGUCAUCCGAUCUGUUAGUGAGCAGUUCAAGGACCCUGAACAGACGACCUUCAUCUGUGUGUGCAUCGCCGAAUUCUUGUCCUUGUAUGAGACAGAGCGGCUGAUCCAGGAGCUAGCUAAGUGCAAGAUCGACACCCACAACAUCAUCGUCAACCAGCUCGUCUUCCCUGACCCUGAAAAACCCUGCAAGAUGUGUGAGGCUCGCCACAAGAUCCAGGCCAAAUACCUGGACCAGAUGGAAGACCUGUAUGAAGACUUUCACAUUGUGAAGCUGCCACUGUUACCCCACGAGGUUCGGGGAGCCGAUAAAGUCAACACCUUCUCUGCCCUGCUCCUGGAGCCCUACAAGCCCCCCAGCACCCAGUAGCGCCACUGCUCAUCCCAGCUGCUGCCACUUCACAGCCUCCUCUUUCUCCGUGGGGCAGAAUUUGCACAGAGUCCCCCACAGUACAGGGGGAGCCACUUAGGAGGUGGGAAGUUGGGAGGAGGUCUGUUCCCCCUGGUGGGGCCUGGGGAGGCUGCAAUGCCCCCCACCUCUCCCUGCCUCACACUCCUCAAUAAAAUAAUCUUAAACA